GCCAUGCAGAGGGGCUCCAAGACUCCGAGCGUUUCCUCGGGGUUGUGCGAGAUGCCCUGAAGGAGAUCGGCCAUCGUGUCGGCAGCCAUGGCAACGGCUACAGUGCCAACAGCAAUGUCGGUGCUCCACAACGAGGACCUUCCAAGUUUGGAUUCCGCCCUGCCCCGGCCGAAGAGCCAAAGGAGGAGAAGUCUCCGGGAAGUCUCAUCACCGGAGAGCGCCGUGGGGUUGCCAAUGCUCAAGUGGUGAAUCCUACACCACUUUACAACCGCAAGGCAUUCCCAUGGACUCCGCAGCAAGCAGACAAGGUGUCCACCCCAGCGACAGCAAAGCCAAUGACUGGGAUCUAGCCGCGACCAGACGAGACUUGUCCACCUCGGUGGCUGAUGAUUUUGAAUGUUAG